AUGUGUUCGUCUGGAUGUGUCAGUGACAUCUUUCUCGUGUGCUUGCUGGUGCUCUUUCCACCCCUCCCCGUGUGGAUCCGCCGAGGGUUCUGCUCGCAAGACCUGCUUAUCAACGUGAUCCUCUUCUGCCUCGGCUACUUCCCGGGGUUGAUCCACCUGUGGUACAUCAUUGCCAAGUACCCUCCCUACGAAGAGACACGUGUCUACUACAUCUAUAGACUGGACUUGGAGCACCAGACGCCGCGGUCGCUCCCCCACGGUCCGGGCGAGGCGGUGAUCGUCUACACCGACCAGCCCCAGCCACAGCCCCAGCCACCGUACUCGAUUAGAAGCCACCACCAGGUGGCCGUGGACGCUCCCACCCCCCAGCUACCUCAGCAACCACAGGCGCCGGUAGCCAAUGACCCGCUGGUGCCGCUCCGGUCGCCCCUGCCUCGCACGCGGGUCGAUAACUACGGCUCCAUUAAUAAAGGUGCCAGUGGCGAUCCACCCAGCUACGAGGACUCCAGCCGGCGAUAA